CCUAGCAACAACUGUAAAUAAAGAAAAUGGCGGAAGACAAGGAAAGCGCAGAGGCCAUAGUAUCGGAGGUCCACAAGAAGAUCCGCGCUGCUUUUGAUGUGUUUGACCACGAGUUCAACAAGACAGUGGAUGUCAGGGAGAUAGGCACUAUCAUCCGCUCCCUAGGCUGCUUCCCUAACGAAGGGGAGCUACAUGACGUCAUAGCAGAGAUUGAGGAGGAGGAGCCGACAGGAUACAUCCGCUUUGAGAAGUUCCUCCCCACCAUGACCAAGGUUCUAAUGGAGCGCAAGUUCCGGCCCAUCCCAGAGGACCUGAUGCUCCAGGCCUUUGAGGUUCUAGAUAAGCAGAAAAAGGGACAUUUGGAACUGGAGGAGCUCACAAAGUACAUGACACAGGAAGGAGAGCCCUUCACCCAGGAAGAGAUGGAGGAGAUGUUGUCAGCUGCAAUGGACCCUGACAAGAACCUCAUCUUCUACAAAGACUUUGUUAGCAUGAUGACCGUGGAUGACCCCAGAUAGACUCUCAAUCACACACACACACACACACACACACACACACACACACACACACACACACACACACACACACACACACACCAACACUCACAAAUAUAUACACAUUCCUGCUGGGAGUAAUGACAAAUGUAACCGUUGUCUUGCGUAAUUGUUAUAUUGUUAUAGUCUAAUACAGAAUAUAAUGUGGUAUUGUAAA